AUGGCGGUGGCCGGACACCAUUGAAAAAGUAUAGUACACUCUCAAAAUCAUAAAUAGUUCGUUUGCAUAUAUAUGAUCAAAGAAACCGGCGUGAAAAAUUAAAUUCUCUUCAUAAAAGUACAUGAUUGUUGACUUUAGAUCGAAAGGUUCAUGUCUUGGUCAAAAUUAGUUCAUGGGAUUGUCGGUGCAACAUCUGCUUGUAUUGUACUUUUACAUUCUGUGCCAAACGUAUUUCCAAGUCUAGUUAUAAAUCAACAAAGUUUACCAAAUGCUGAUGUACCUUGUCAUAUUCAACAAGCUUUUGUGGAGGUCGCUGAGAAGAUGAAUAUAUCCCAUCCUGAUAAGGUAAAACUCUUCAUAAAUAACGGCUCUAGUAGCAUUUCAGUUGGUUCAACAUUAUUGCCUGGAGGAGCUGCAAUUGGGAUUUCCCGACUUUUUUUAUACACAGACCUUCAAGAGAUUUCUGAGUCAGGUCUGGCAUUUAAAGGCAAGAAAAUUAAUUUGCACACUAAAGCCGGUGAAAAGUUAAGUAAUGCGCUGCUGUUUAAUGAAGAAGAAUUAAAAUUUAUCUUAGCUCAUGAAUUGAGUCAUUUAAAAAAUUUGGACUUUACCACAAACUGCUUUUUACCAGCCUGGUGGUUGUACUUUACCUACAGAGCCGUGCCGAUUGUAUCAGUAAAUCUACCUCCAAAUGUUUUACUUAAAAUUGCUGUACAAUGCUUUCUUUGGCUUUCAAGUUAUUGGAUAUUCAGACAUCAAAAUAUAAGCUUGCAUCACAACCGCGAAUUUGCGGCUGAUGAACAGGCUGCAAUGCUUGGUGUAAAUUACAUAAAAGGUGGAAUAAGUGCAACCUUAAAAAAAAUGAAAGUAAAUGAAACAUUAAGAGGGAUGAAUGGGUCGGAUGGAAGAAUGUUGUACUCUGUUGAAGGAAAUGAUUUGAAAGAUUGGGCACACCCAAAGCUAUCAGAAAGAUUACGUAAAUUAGAGGAGAUAUAUGCUGAGAAAUACUUAGGAAAGACAACUGGUUAAUUUUGAUAGGUGCUUGACCUGUUGUGUAUAAUAUUUCAUAGUUAAACAAUUUUUUUCGAUGAAAUUGCUUAAUUUAUAUUACAGAACAAAACCCAAGAGAACAAGUAUAGCAUUAAUAAUAUAAACAAUAUUUACAGUUGAAUUAAAGUUUUUGUAUCCACAGGACUCAACAUAACAACAGUCAGUGGUUGUGAAUUUGAAAUUCAACCAAUAAAAUUAGCCUUUCUCACGAUGACGAAUAUCUGCCAUUUUUGGGGUACUUUCAAUUUAUAAUUUUUUUUAAUGUGUUUAAACAAUAAUAGCAAUGUAAGAAGAAUUUUCUAAGAGUCUAUAGACCAUUUGAACAAUAAAUUAAGCCUAAAAUUAAAGACAGCUGCCC